GGAAGAAGACUGUAAGCUUGGCUGACAAUACCGGACAAAAAGUGGAUGAGGAUAGUGCAAGAGGAAAAGAUCCUUGAGCUUAAGGUUGUUUUCAAUAACAACAUGGAAAAAAGAUAAGCCUCUGAAUUAUACAGGAAUUUUAACUAUUUGCAAAUAGGAUCAAAACGUGCCCUUGUGUAUGACUUCAUGCCUAAUGGUUCUCUUGAUAAACAUAUUUUCUCAAGAGAAGGCAAUAUUGCAACUUUGGGUUGGGAAAAUCUAUACAAGAUUUCUCUAGGAGUGGCUCGUGGGAUAGAGUAUUUACACCAAGGUUGUGAUAUGCAGAUCUUACAUUUUGAUAUCAAGCCUCACAACAUUCUUUUAGAUGAGAACUUCACUCCAAAAAUCUCUGAUUUUGGUCUUGCCAAGUUAUACCCAGUCAAAGGUAAUACUGUGUCCUUGACCGUAGCAAGGGGAACUCUAGGAUAUAUGGCACCUGAGUUGUUUUACAAAAACUUAGGUAGUGUCUCUUACAAAGCUGAUGUCUACAGUUAUGGGAUGUUAUUGAUGGAAAUGGCAAGCAAAAGAAAGAAUGUGAACCGAUUUGCAGAGCAUUCCAGUCAGAUUCACUUUCCUUCGUGGGCAUCAAAGCAAUUGAACAAAGGAAUGGAGUUAGAAAUAAGAGAAGCCAAUGAAGAUGAAAAGAGAAUUGCAAAGAAAAUGAUCAUUGUAGCCUUGUGGUGCAUACAGAUGAAGCCAAUUGAUCGCCCUUCAAUGAACAAAGUCAUAGAGAUGCUUGAAGCAGAACUUGAGAGCUUACAAAUGCCUCCCACCCCUUUCCAGCUUUAUCCCCAUGCAACACAACAAGAUGAUGUUACAGAGAAAACCUACCUCACAGAAUCUACUAGUUUUUCUUCAUGCAAUGACAUAGAGAUUGAGUCAAUUAGUUUACUUGGAAAUGAAAAUUAAGUGGGAUGGUAGUGAAGAAGCUUGUAUUUGUAUUAGAUUAGCUUCCUUGAGAGCAUAACCAAGGCAAUGAGUUUGGUUUUGCACUAGUGUGUAUGGCAACCUAAUAGUUAUGUAUAUUUUGAAGUGCAUGAACUAGUUCUAAUUAUUUUGUCUAUAAAAUCAAUUGAAGGAU